UCACGAGAUCAUCAGUCAAGCCCUGGAGAAGCUGGAGGCAAUCCAAGUCCCAAUGCCGGAUUACGCCCUGAAAUCAGCAGGUGCUGUGACAUUGUACAAACAAACCAGUUCCAAAACGCUUCCUGUCCAGAUUGACAAGAUGGGCAUUGGAACAUGCCCAGGGGCAGGAGAGAAGGGGCGAGAAGUCAAGGGUCACCUCGUGUCCUAAAAGUGCCCCCACUGACAGAGCCUGUAAUGGGCCAGACCCCAUGGGAGACACAGAAAGGCUGGUUCACAGUCUUGUCUUUUGCCAUGGCCAAAUACGACAGUUUGAUGACUCCCUGCUGUGUGUUCCAGAGGGGUCGAGCCAAGAAGAAUAAGGGGAACCCACUGUAGGACAUGGAUGACAACUGAGAAGCCUUUUUCAAGUUAAGAGUGUAAUAUUCCUCCUGACACUGCCUGAUGAUCAUGCUCAUCUUUCAAUUUCCAGGGGCAGCUGUCAUUCAUUCCAAGACUUCUCCAUCCUUCCGAACUGGCAAAGCCAAGUUCUUCUUGUACUCCCUGCCGGUGAUGGAUUACAUGAGGUCCCCUGAGCUUAUUCUGGAGCCAGACAAUCAUCCUGGAAACUGCUGGCCCUUCCCAGGAAGUCAGGGACACGUCUUCAUCAAGCUGUCCAUGCCAGUCAUUCCCAGAGCCAUCACCAUGGACCAUGUCUCAGGGACAGCAUUCCAUGGAGAAAGCAUCUCUGGAGCUCCAAAGGACUUUGCUGUCUAUGGCUUCAAGGAAGAACACGAGGAGCAGGGAACGUUCCUGGGACAGUUCACUUUCCUGGCAGCCCUGAAUCCCAGUCAGACCUUCCAGCUGAAGGUAUGGAGACACAGAGGGAGGGGAACUGCAGGAGAGGAGGAGAAACACGGCUGGAUGGGGAGAGGCUUCCCUGCCAAAGGGUACAGGCAGCCCUGUCCUUGAGCGAGUGCCACGCUGCCUUUCUUCUGCUUUAUCUCCCUGGUGGCAGAUGCCUGCACUGCCGCUCUUCUCUUUCAUUUGGGGGUUAAACUUCAGUGCUUAUAAGCACCACAGUUGAAGCUGGAAUCAGCUUGAUUGGACCCCAAGUGCACACAAGCGGCCGCAUCCUGUAGGAUGCACGACUGCUGGUCUGCCAGUUAGAGACCAGUAAUACUGGGCUUCCUGAGGGCUCUGUUGGUGCUGGCAGUGAGUAGUGACAGGGAGGCCAUUCUGUUUCCAUGGCUUUCUAGAGAAGGGAACAAGACAUUAUACUGACCCCAGCACUGGGUCUUCUGACGGUGGAAACCUGUGCCCCAAAGCAGGUGAGAACUUUCCAGUGUAUUUGCUGAGGCAUCUGGUAGCUGCUUCUUCCUUUGCUGUUCUCAUGGCCCAAUGGGGUAGAGCAGGAUAAGAACAUCUGGACCACCACAGGUCAAAGCCCCCGCGGGGCAGCAGGAAGGAAGCUGCUGAUUGAGGCCGUUGCUGCGACACUUCUGUCAGUGCUCACGUGCCAGAGAGGAAAAGGCGACUCAUUUCUUCUUGUCAUUGCAGAACGAGCUCCCUGGGGUCAUAAAUUACAUCAGGCUGCAAGUGCUGAGCAACUGGGGCCACCCGGACUACACCUGCCUGUAUCGGUUCAGGGUGCACGGUGAUCCGCCCAAAGAUGGGGGAGACACGGCAGUUUCACCUGUCAAUAAAUUCCAUUAAUGUUCACCCAGUUGAGUUCCCGUCUGCUUUGCCUGUGAUGCUGCCUGGUCCUCUCUGAGCUCACUGGAGCUCCCCGUCCUUCUCUAAACCCACCAGCUUAUGGGAGACUUCAGGAGUCCACAGCAAGAUUGUCCUAAUUAAAAGAAACAGGAAAACUCAGUCACAAAUCUGCAGAAAGCCUGACAUCCACACUCUUGCUGUGACACAGGAACAUCAGCAAGGCCCUGCCUGGACACCAGAGAUUAAAUUAAUGGGCAGUUUGCCUAUGCAAGAAGCAACUAAGGAUCGACUGAGUGGAACCAUCUGUUGUUACCUGUUUUCACAAGAGGCACGUGCUGCUUCAGCUUCCAUCUUUCAGUCUGUUGCCGAUGAGAAAAUGGAAGUGUGGGUUUUUGUGAGAAGGAAACCUUAACAGGAAAGUGGGUUCAUGGACUUAUUUGCCUCUCUGGGCACAUAUUGAGUUAAUAGCCCGGGAACGUUACAGAGUGAUUAGCAAAGCAAUCCCAGGACACUUAAAUAUCCCAUACCCACACCAGUCUGUCUUUCCUUUUGACCCGAGCUCCCCAAGCCCCAUGGCAGGAGCAGGCAGGGCAGUCGUGCGCUCGGGUCGCACCAGGGAGGAGAGAGCAGGACCAGCGCUUGGCACCCAGGGUUGGGAACAGCAAUUUGUGCUCUGAGCUGGGGCUUAGUCCAUGUGCAAGCCCAGCACGGGUCCAGAUACCAA